AAUUGCAGGAGAGGCAUCAGCGAAAGGAGCCGGCGUUAAUGUAAAAAAAGCUGACGCGGCCGGUGCACGCUACGUCUCCAUUCUAACGCUUUUGACAGCGACAUGUGCUACGCCUCCUCAGCUCCCUCUUCCCCCUUCUUCCACCUAAAGAGUUAAAAUACAGAAAGACAACGUCCUUCGUAAUACGAAAGCACCCGUCCUUCUCUCACACACACACAGCCUGUAUUGUUUUAGGAAUUGAGCCAAAAAGAAAAGGAGAAUUGCCGGUGAAUCUGGUGCGUUUGAUUAUAUUUAUUUGAUAUUGAAUUCUGAGAGUUUUAUAAACACAAUGCCGGGAGAAGUGGCUUCAAAUCAAGAGGAAGGGAAGGGCAAGAGCGGUUGUGAGGCGGAGACGGCGUCGGAGGACGAGAGGCGAAGGGUUCGGGGCAGAUCUCUGAAGAAGAAGGCAAUGAGCGCUUCCACGAGGCUCUCGCACACUCUCAGGAAGCGCGGGAACCGGGUCGCCGACUGCCGAUUCGCCUCGAUUUCGAUCUACGAUGUCCGCGACGCCAAGGAAGAACAAGCUGUCAACGCGUUCCGCGAGGCAUUGCUCUCCAAAGAUCUCCUCCCGCGUCGCCACGAUGAUUACCACACUUUGCUCAGGUUUCUAAAGGCAAGGAAGUUUGACAUUGAUAAAACUCUUCAUAUGUGGACUGAAAUGCUUAACUGGAGGAAAGAGAAUGGUGUGGAUUCUUUUUUAUGGGAUUUUGUAUAUGAUGAAUGUGAAGAAGUUCAGCGCUGGUAUCCGCAUGGUUACCAUGGUGUAGACAGAGGGGGACGACCUGUUUAUAUUGAAAGACUUGGCAAAGUUGAUCCCAGCAAGCUGAUGAAUGUCACCACAGUGGACCGGUUUUUAAAAUAUCAUGUUCAGGGGUUUGAGAAGGUCUUCAGUGAGAAGUUCCCAGCAUGUUCCAUUGCUGCCAAGAGACACAUAGAUUCCACAACAACAGUACUGGACGUACAUGCGCUGAACUGGGUGAGCUUUGGCAAGGUCGCCCAUGAUCUUGUUAUGCGCAUGCAAAAAAUUGAUGGUGACAACUAUCCUGAGACAUUGCAUCAGAUGUUCAUUGUUAAUGCUGGUAGUGGGUUCAAAUUACUAUGGAAUACGGCAAAAGGUUUUCUAGACCCAAGGACUACUGCAAAGAUACAUGUUUUAGGCAACAAAUUCCAAAAUAAGUUGUUGGAGGCCAUAGACCCAAGCCAACUGCCAGAUUUUCUGGGUGGAACUUGCUCAUGCCCGAAUGAAGGCGGGUGCCUUAGAUCUGACAAGGGGCCUUGGAAUAAUCCUGAAAUAAUGAAACUGGUACAUGUAGGAGAUGCAAUGUAUCUGAGAAGGAUUAAGAGUACCUCUAAUAGUGAUGAUUUAGAAGUGAAGUCAUCUGUCUCUAAGUUUGCAAGUAGUGAAAUAUCUUUCGUUGGGUCAGGAUCAGACAUGCUGACAAGUGCUUCUGGCUUCAGGCGGUCAAUGCCACUUUGUCGUGAAACGGGUGUACUGGAAGAAAGGAUGACUGACCCUGCAUCCACCUGCAGCCUGGUUGAACCAGUUGGUGCCACCGUAAGGCUUGAAGGUACUAGUUCAACAAGUGAUUCAACAAACAAUGGUACUCGAAGAAGGCCGUUGAAGAAGUUCAUUCCCUAUUUAACAAGUUUAAUUGUUCAUGUCAUACUCAAAAUGUUAACAUGUGCAUAUCUAGUACUAUCUGGGCUGGGGAGAUUUUUUGCAGUGCAGCGUGCAGACCAACCGUUAGGAAACAAUAGCAAACCCCAGUUUUCCGAUUCAGGAUCUGAGGAGCAGCUCAUUUCACGGUCAAUCAAAGAGGACCCACUCUGGCAGAGGCUGCAGCAUUUAGAAACAUUAGUAAAUGACCUGGUUAACAGACCUACAAAAAUUCCUCAAGAGAAGGAUGAUAUGCUUCGAGAAUCUUUGAGUCGUAUCAAAUCCAUGGAAUAUGACUUACAGAAGACAAAGAAAGCACUGCUUGCAACUGCAUCAAAGCAAGUGCAGCUCGCUGAUUCAUUGGAAGGUUUAAAGGAGAACAGCUCAACCGGGACAAACUCUUGUUGGCCGAGACAUUGUAAAUCUUAUAAAGCAGGAAGAUGAAUAAAUUGUUUUGAGACACAGUUUGCUGAAGUUGUUGGUAAAGGAUGCCUAUUGACUCUCAAAAAUGCAAUAACUUCCACAUCCGAGUUCAAUCAGCAGAUUCAAAGGGUUGCCAUUUUAGGUUCUUUGUGUUGCCAGUUGAAAGUAGUCAUCCACCAAUGAGAGAAAACCACAGGGCCAUUGAACCCAGUUCAUUUAGAUAAGCGUAUGCGCGUGUACAUAAUAUUUUAUAUAAAUGUGUUACUCUCUUUUUGGACUGGUAACAGUAUGAUACUUGACUUCACUUGUAUUCAAUACCAACUGUAAAUUUACAAAAGCAGUGGCCAGAUUCUGCCACAUUUUUCA